AUGGUGUUACCAUGGAGAUCAAGAGGAGGAAAGAGACCUAAUCAGCUGACCAUCUCAGACGCUGAAACCAAGACCCCGGCGGCUCAAUUCAGAUCCUCAAGGAUAGAGCUGGUUCAGUCACCGCGUGUGCCAUUGACCCCACGUGCUGCAUCAUCGAUAUGCCGGAGACUAGAAAACGCGACGGCGCGUGAAGAACAUGUCGAGUGUUUCAAGAUUGUGAGUAAAAUCAAGAACUUGGUAAGAGAAAGCGGAGAGACAAACAAGAAAUGUUUGCUCCAAAACGGAGUCGUUUCGGCGUUGACUUCAUGCUUCCAAAGAUUCUCGUCCACGCGUGAGGAACAAGCGCGUCUGUUGGAGGAAGUCUUGUCUGUUCUAACUUAUUGGUUGCCUCUGAGUCGAACAGAGGGUUUCACCAAGAUGGGAACAACGGCUUCGCUUAACCGUCUCGUACAGUUCUUGAACGCUACAGACGCUAAAACGAGGCAAAACGCUGCCGUUUGCAUCAGAGAGGUCAUUGCAGUAGACAAGAAGUAUGUCUAUGCAUUAACAGACAUCGAAGGAGCUUGCGAAGGAUUGAUAAAGACCAUCAGAGACUCUGUUUCGACGAAAGCAUCUCUCAUGGCGAUCUAUAGAGCUGUUUCGUGUGACGACAAGAUCGCUGCAAAGUUCGUGAAGCUAGGCUUGGUCGCACUGAUCGCAGAAAUGAUUAUGAACAACGCGGAGAAAAGCGUUUGCGAGAGAUGUCUAGUCGUUCUAAACGUUAUAUGCGACAACGAGCAAGGAAGAGAAGACGUUCUUAGAAACGCUUUGAUCGUUCCUCUCCUAGUGAAGAAGAUUCUACGCGUUUCGGAUCUCGCAACGCAAUGCUCUGUCUCCAUUCUUUGGAAGCUAUGGAGAAAGAACGGAGAAGAUCAUGUGUUGCUUGAAGCUCUUCAAGUUGGUGCGUUCGAGAAACUCUUAGUGGUUUUACAAGUAGGGUGCGAGGAGAAGACUAAAGAGAGAGCCAGCGAGCUGUUGCGGAAUUUAAACCGAUGUAGAAACGAGAUCGAGAAGACUAACUGUCUCGAUUCUUCGAUGCGUUUGAAGAACGUGAAGAAAUCAUUUUAAUAUCACACAAACAAUACACAACAACAUGAUUCUUUUUUGUAAUGUAAUGACUCUAUGUUUCAACAGUCAGAUACAGUUUUUGUCCAUCACUAAUCAAAUCUACAUCAAUAAUUUUACCUU